AUGCCAGCCAAGGGAUGGAAGAAAACCUCUGAUGGCUCCUUUACUCCUAAAGGGCCGGCAGCAAAACAAGAUAAGGAGUCUGAAAAUAUAUCGAUUGAGAACUUAUUAUUUCCCAAAGCUACAAUCGGCAAGCUCGCAAAAUCUGUCCUUCAGGGGGAUGAGAAUGAGAGCAAUAUGAUUCUUUCCAAAGAUGGACUCACUGCAGUGCAAAGAUCAGCAGUUGUGUUUGUAUCUUACCUUUACCAUCAUGCCAGAGAAGUCAGUAAGGACCAAAACCGUAAAACAGUCAACGUGCAAGAUAUACUCAAGGCUCUUGAAAAUACUGAGUUCAGUGCUCUCAUUCCUACUGUUCAAGAAGAGUUGAUAUCGUUUAAUCAGAGGAAAGAAGCAAAGAAAUUAAAGAAUGAAAAGGAUAAGGAUCAAGAGGUGGAGGAAGAAGGCGACGAUGAAAAGUACGAAGCAAACAAAAAAUUGAAAAUUGUAGAAGGCGCAGUGGAUGCAUCUUCUGUCCAUGCGUCUCAAGAACCUACCGCAGAAGAAGUUGCAGAUGACGAUGAAGCCACUGAAGAUGCUACCGAAGAGGCCAGUGAAGAGGUUUACAACCUGGUUGAAAGCUCAGAUGAAGAAGUGCCCGAAGCGCCCGACGUAAUAGAUACAAUUGAUAGAGAUCCCCUAAAUGGCGUGGAAGAACAUUCAGAGACCAAUGCGGAGGGAAGCCUUCACGAAGAAGAUGAACAAUAG